CCUGAGCCAGAGAGGGCAAAGCUCAGUAAAUCAGAAUGGCGGCAGGACUCGUAGUUCUCUUUCUUGGGGUAUCUAUGCUGUGCCAUGCAACAGCUAAUGAACUGAAAUAUGAUGAAGCUUUAUUAACCGUGAACAAUCAUCUUCUUGAACCCAUAACUUUACUUUAUGUCUCAGAUUACUGCUAUAAGUGUCUUUUACAGCCACUUAUGACUGUUCCAGCUGCUCAAAGCCUCCAGCCUACAAACAAUACGAUCAUUAUCAGCACGCAGUUUGCACUGACUGUCCAUGUCUUGAGAGGAGGUGGAAAUCAGGAUCCAGUGUGCAGCUGGAAGCAGUUAUAUGAAGAACAUGGCCAUUACGUAAUUUCCAUUCAGUCGAAUAAUCGAACAAUACAGUGCUACAACCUUGUGAGCAGAUCUCCCUCAAACUAUCUUUUGCCAUUGCUGGCUGCCUUUGUCUCUCUGCUGUGCAUCUGGGGAUUGUACUACUUUACAGCCUAUGUCUUCAGGUUGGCCUGCACUCACAAGUUAUUUGAGGAGUUGAAAAAGAAGAUGGGCUGUAUGCUUAAAGAUGAAGAUGAUGUAUCUGUUAGCCAAAGACAAAAUGCUGAUGUUCCCAAACACAGGCGGUUGCUUUCUCUGGAUACAUUCAGGGGCUUCUCCUUGACUUUAAUGGUAUUUGUCAACUUUGGAGGAGGCGGCUAUUGGUUUUUCCAGCAUGCUCCUUGGAACGGUCUAACAGUUGCAGAUUUAGUUAUGCCAUGGUUUGUCUUUAUCAUCGGCACCUCAGUGGCUCUAGCUUUUAGCUCAAUGUUGAAGAGAGGCAUUCAUCGAUCACAGCUUGUGCGUAAACUGACAUGGAGAACAUGUGUUCUUAUGGCCAUAGGAGUUUUCUUCCUUAACUAUGGUCCAGCUGAUGGUCCAUUGUCUUGGCGUUGGGCCCGAAUUCCAGGCGUUCUCCAGCGUUUAGGGUUUACGUAUUUUGUUUUGGCGUUGAUCCACACCUGUUUCAGCAAAGCAAACCUGGAGCUUGCAGAGAGCCAUCAAUGGAGUGCUGCCGUAAGGGAUAUUGUCAUGUACUGGCCAGAGUGGAUCAUCAUUGCAGCUCUAGAGAUUGUUUCACUCUGUCUAACAUUCCUCCUACCUGUGCCUGGGUGUCCCACUGGUUACCUCGGUCCUGGUGGAAUUGGUGACUAUGGUCAGUAUUCAAACUGUACAGGAGGAGCUGCAGGAUACAUUGACAAAUGGCUACUCGGUCCUAAUCAUAUCUACAAUUAUCCAACAUGCAAGGAACUGUACAAAACCACUCAACCAUUUGAUCCAGAAGGUGUACUUGGGACCAUUAACUCUGUAGUGAUGGCAUUUUUUGGACUACAGGCUGGGAAGAUCAUUCUUUUUUACCGCAAGUCCCCGCACAAAAUAUUAGGCAGAUUUUUGAUCUGGAGCAUCUUGCUGGGGAUUAUCUCAGCCAUCUUAACCAAGUGUACAAGGGAUGAAGGAUUUAUUCCCAUCAAUAAAAACCUCUGGUCUCUGUCCUUCAUCACAACACUCAGCUGCUUCUCCUUCCUUCUACUGGGACUGAUGUUUUACGUGAUUGAUGUGCGACAGUGGUGGGGAGGACAACCAUUCAUCUACCCAGGAAUGAAUUCAAUCUUCGUGUAUGUUGGACACUCCCUUCUGGCUUCAUAUUUCCCAUUUAAUUGGGAGGUGAAAAACUGGACAUCUCAUUAUGAGUUCCUUGCUCAAGAUCUUCUGGGAACCUUCAUCUGGGUCUUGGUAUCCUACUUGCUUUACAGGAAGAAAUUCUUCUUAAAGAUUUAAAGACUGGCCUUUUUUUGCACAUCCUUUCCUUAUUUGGAACACUGUCCAUAUA